CACUCUUUCCCUCACUCUCUGUUUUGCUGGGGUACACUACUCCCAUUCUUGAGGGUCAGUUACUCUUUAGAUCUCCCCCUCACAGCACACUCCCUUAUUCUCUCUGUCUCUUCCUUCCUGUGCAGCUCCCCUGUUUCCUGCUGUUUUUUUUUUUAUCCCUUCUUCAGAGCCAUCUCACUCCUACUCCCAACCGGGAACACCAAACCAGCUCUUCAAGUCUUGCCUACAGGAAAUGGCCUCCAAACAGCGAAUGGGCUACAAGUGUCGCGUAGCAGGAGUACUUCUUCUCCUCUUAGCCAGUAUUGCUGCCCUUAUUGCUGUUGCUGUCAUCCAGGAUGCCUGGAGCUCUAAAGAGUACAGUUUAGAGUACGGCAUAGUGAUAGACUCAGGUUCAUCUCGUUCCAAUGUGUACCUGUAUCAAUGGCCGGGGGAGAAGGAGAAUGAAACAGGAGUGGUUGCUGAGAUAAUGAACUGUAGAGUUGCUGGUGAUGGUAUCUCAGGGAUGAAAAUUGACCUGCAGAUAGAUGAAAAAAUGUGGGAAGGAUUCCAAGUAUGCAUCAACAACAUCUCUAAAGCCAUUCCUGCUGAAAAACACAAAACUACACCUCUCUUUCUGGGAGCUACUGCUGGAAUGAGACUGCUUAGAGAGGAGAAUGAACAGCGGUCCAAUGAAAUCAUGGCAAGUCUCACAGAAUAUCUGAGUUCUUUGCCUUUCGCCUUCCAAAACGCUUCUAUCAUUAGUGGUCAAGAAGAAGGGCUGUAUGGGUGGGUCACUGUCAACUACCUCAUGGGGAACUUCCUAGAGAAAAACCUGUGGAACACAUUUAUACGUCCAGAAAAAGCAAAGACUGCAGGGUCCAUGGACCUUGGUGGAGCAUCAACACAGAUCGCCUUUGCAGUCCAGGAUGAUCUCAUGGGGCCUGACUACAUGCAUGUCAAACUGUACGGUUAUCCUUACAAUGUGUACACACACAGUUUCCUCUGCUAUGGCAAAAAUGAGGUUGAGAAGAUGGUUCUGGACAAAGUAAUCCAGGAAUCCUCUGACCCAGCCUACAUUAUUAACCCCUGCUACCCCGAAGGCUUCAACACUACCAUAAAGGCUUCAUCAAUUUACGACACAAAGUGCACAAAGAAACCAAAAAGCUACAACCCAGAUCAAGAAUUCUUCAUGGUGGGAGCUGCCGACUCAGACAAGUGCAGGAGCAUAGUGAGAUCGAUAUUCGACUUUAAGACUUGUUCCUCAUCUCAGUGUUCCUUCAAUGGUGUCGAACAGCCACCUGUCACUGGAGAUUUUAUGGCAUAUGCAGGAUUCUUCUACAUUUCUAGAGCAUUGCUGGUAAACAGUACAUCAGAUCUUGAUCAGUUCAACUCAUCAGUGAGAAAAUUCUGCCACACACAUUGGAAAGUGCUAAGAGAAGAAAAGCAUUGGAUCUCCAGCAGAUACUUGAAAACUUACUGUUAUGGAGCUCAUUAUGUCCUCACUUUGCUGGCAGAGGGAUACAAGUUUGACACAGACACCUGGAAAAACAUUAACUUCACAAAAGAGGUAAAGUCAACAAGUGUAGGGUGGAGUUUGGGCUACAUGCUGACUAUGUCCAACAUGAUCCCCUCUGAAAUGAAAGAAAUCCGUCCCAUGGGAGACCCCAUCUUUGCCGGUCUUAUCUUUCUAUUUUCAGCACUAAUCAUAAUAACUACUGUCUUCAUUUUCAUCGUCAUUAUUCGCACCUGCUUUUGAGAGUCCAGGAUACAAAGUUAGUGAUCUGCCUUUGAUAACGACGGGGGCUACUGUAAUUCUGUAAGUAGCUCUACAGUAGCAUGAAGACACAUACACUUAAAGUUACUAAUGAAUAUGUUUUUUUAUUAUUAUCAUUAUUCAGUCUGAGCCAUUUCAAUUUUUACAGUUUAUAAAAUCCUUAAAAUAAGAACCACUCAGUGUGUGUAUUGUGCGAGUGUCUCUAAGUCUUUGAACUCCACAUGAGAAACUGGUUGUACAGAGACACUUACUGAAACACUUCUUAAAACAAUUUGUGUACCUCAGGGAAACUCGCAUAGGUCUAGAUUUAAAUAAUGGCAUCUACCUAUGUUUACUGGUUCAGUCUGCAUUACAAUAAAAUAUUAUUCUUUUAUGGGCAAAAAAAGCGACACAGUGGUUUACAUGCACCUGAGAUUCUAUACAGUAUGUACAUUCACACUUACAAACAAACACAGACGCUAAGACAAAAGCCUGAGCUGUCAACAUAGGAUCAUGGUAGUUUGUGAAAUAGACAUGAAAUAUAAUCUAUAAGAUCGGUGUUCACUGACAUUUUUUUUUUUUUUUUUUUUUGACUCUCUGCCUGACUAUUUUUUGUGUUUGGACAAACUUCUUUCUUUACUGAAUGAAAAACUACAUCUAUAAAUCACAGGGAGGUGGUCCGGGUGUCUGUACAAAGUCCACCAGAAUCCAUGGUUCAGUCCAUGUGGUGAGGCUUCAGGCAAUAAAAAUCAAUUAGGUCCAGGUAAGGAAAAGAUAUUUUCAGUCUGUGAAGCAGUCACAAAAUGGAAUCUAUAGGAUUCACUUUUGCUAAAAAGACUUUGACUUUGAAAAAAUGGACAAUGUGUGCCCAUGUACACAAAGGCUAUAGAUGAAAUUUCAUCACUAUUUUAUAAAUUGCUGUGAUACAGUGUUGGAGCUAUUAGAGAGCACAGAUUUUUUUUUUCUACACUACAAUCCCGAUUUCAAGAAACUGUAAAAUGUAAAUAAAGAUGGAAUGCGACAAUUAAGGGUUUAUGAAGGGUUAUCCUUUAUACAACCAUGAGCCUUUGCACCCAAUCAUGAUCACCUGGUAGCAAUGAGCCUGUUUACCUGUGAAAUGUUCCAAACAGGUGUUUUUUUAAAGCAGUGCACAACUUUCCCAGUCUUUCAUUGUUCCUGUACUUGUAAGAAAAAAUAAGUUGCCAACAUCAAAUUCAGAAUAAGCAUAUAUUUAUAAAAAUCAGUGACAUAUUAAUUAUUUUGUCUUCCAUUGUUUUCAAAUAACUGUAGCUUAAAGGUUUGCAAAAAUAUCAUUUAUGCCUUACACAGCAUCCCAGCUUCUUUAAAUUGGGGUUGUAAUUGCACUGAAUGGAUCUGCUUUACAUACAAAUUGAGAGCACUUUGCCAGUUUUAUUGUAGUAUUUUGAUGUGAUUUUCUUAAACCAGAAGUAGACAUCAAUACUCCACAUUUAAUAUAAACCUCCCUUAUAAAUAAUGUGUUGGAUAUGCAUUGCCAUAUGCCAUUGUUUCAUUAUGAUUUUGCAAACCAAAUACAUGUUACAUGAAGGCAUUUUUACAGCCCAUUUGCAUCAAAUUUAGAAACUGACCCUGUGUUUUCAAUCCCUUGCAAGGUUUGCAUUCUGUCCUCAAAGAACACAGUAUAUAAAUAUAGAGUUGAGGAUAAGUUCUGUCAACACAUUAGCAGUUGUCAGUCCAAUCUAUACUUAGUGUUGUUUAUAUAUUAUGACAGAUGUCUGAUUGUGUCAAUAUGUGGCCUUUGAUGAGAAAUUUAUUUCCCUCAGCAGAUACUAGUUUGCAGAUUUAAACCACACAUCACAUCACGUUCUUUAGAUGUUUUUCCCCCUUGGGCUGAAAGGGAACAAUGAAUGUGACUGACUGAAGUGUUUGUAGAACGCUCCUGUUGCAUUCAAAACAUUUAAGGUGACCAACAGAUUAGACUAAAUUUUUUGCUAUUAAUGCACUGCUCUUUUUUAUAGUAUUAUAAAAUCAGUGAGUUAAGAUAAAGGCAUUACAGAACAUUCAACUCUAUGUUGAAAGAAAGUGAUUUCUUCACUUUUCAGACAGAAAACAACAUGACUUAAAAUGUGUGUGAGCGUGUUUUCAGGUUCUGUAUACAUGGUCUUAGUUGUCUUGUUGUCAUUGCACUGGAGAGAAUGAUGCAUGGUUAUCAUGUGAUGCACUGACUGUAUUGGUCCCAUUUUCAUAAUAAUUCUUUUGCUAUUCAGUACAUAAUAAACUUAUCUGCUAUCUGUA